AUGUCGGAUCCGUUUGUCUAUAGGCCACCAACGAACUUCGGGUCUGGCUACAUAAACCAGUCCUAUUCUACACCUCAAACCUCUCCAUACAUUCCCGCAACUGUUCUACCUGUUUCAGGCUCCCCAUACCACUCUCCAUACCAAUCCCCAUACCGAAAUUCUAUACCAUUGCCACCAAGUUCACCCAAUAAUGCCAACCGUGUAUUAUUCCCUUCCACUGGUUACGAUCCCGCAACUACAUUCGACCCAAUUUAUAGUCGGCCACGGCGACCAUCGUGGCACGGGCACGCUACGACUUCACCAUAUCUCGCUGCGACUGAGGACCCCUACUCACGAGAACGUCGUCGCUCCUUUGGCGGAGCUGAUCCGUACUCGCCAUAUCCUUACGCCUGGGCCGGUGGAGCGUAUGACGCCUACGCAGCCACCUGGCCCAAUUAUGGUGGUUCGUCGUAUGGAAGGGUGUCACCCUUACAGGGCCUCCCUCAUUCUCCCAGUCAAUUCCAUCUUCAUCCAUGGCUCAACGCAGAGGAUUGGAGGGGUGACUUCCUCUUCGAUUUGUCCUCCCAUCACUUUAAUCCUGCUGUAGUCGUUUCUCAUACAAGACGUCCAGAUGGCAGUCUUGCCAUUGACCAAACCAGGCAAGCACCGAUGGACGUCAUGAUGCAACAAGCUACAGUGCCAGGGUUGACGAGGUUGAGGGUUGUUUGCGAGCUCUUGCCAAAGUGGCCCAUCGAUAUCUCAUACAAUGCGCAAAGCGACGGAAUGGAGAAUCCAGGGUCGAUUGCUUUCCGUCCUGAUCCACUCAUAACCUCAGGAUCACACGUUCCACCGAUUACUUUCCUUGACGUCCUAUUGUGCAUCCAUCGAUCUUUGCAUACCAGAAUCACGCAGACCGACUGGGCCCAGUUGUCCCCGGUGGAGGAGGAACAUGUAUCUCGCGCUUAUACGCAGAGGUGUCGAGCUCUUGCUCAUUCAGGCGGGUUUGGCGGUGGCGUUUAUGGGUCGGAUGCGGAACAAGCUGUAAGGAAUCAGGGUGUGAAGAGAGUUGAUUUCCUGCUAGGGAAGGUUUGGUUUAGGGGUUGUAGGGUGGACUGGUCCGAUGGUAUCCUCAGGUUGAUGGUCAGCUAA